AUGACGCAGGAUAGCCCAACGCAGAUCGACGAAAGCUUCAAGGGCAAUGAAGCUGCAGAGGCGUGUAGACCUGAUAUCGAAGAGCCAGAAUGGAAGGCGAGCAAAGAGGUUUUUCAAGUCCUCUUCUGUCUGUCCAUUAUCGGUACAAUGGCAUCAUUGGAUAUGACCAUCUUCCUGCCUAUUCUCCCUCUUAUCGCCAAGGAUCUAGAUGGUGAUGCUACCAGCACGCUGUGGGUGGGUAGUGCAUAUUUGGUCCCCUGUGCAGGAUUCCAACCUAUAUGGGCCUCCCUUUCCGACAUAUACGGUCGAAGGCAAACACUCGUUGCGUCGCUAGGCCUUUUUGUAAUUGGAUCUGUCGUUGGAUGCGUCGCUCACAACAUGGCUACCCUUCUGGCGGGUCGUGCGAUCCAGGGCGUAGGGGGCGGUGGUCUCAUUCCAUUAGCGAUGAUUAUAAUCACCGAUCUGGUCCCAUUGCGUCAACGCCCCAAGUACGCUGCCAUCGUUCAGGUGUCCAUGGCACUGGGAACCAUCCUCGGACCUUUGAUCGGUGGCUGUUUUGAGGAAUAUACCAGCAGCUCCACGGGAUGGCGCUGGGUUUUCUAUAUCAACUUCCCCCUCUCUGUCCUAGCGGGUGUGAUGCUGUUUACCUCGGUUCGGUUCCAAAAAGGCGGGGUACAGCUUCGCUCAAUUGAUUGGAUCGGCCAGGUCUUGUUCAUUGCAAGUAUAUCAAUCUUUUUGAUCGGCCUCUCCUGGGGCGGAGUGCAGUACUCGUGGGGAAGCUACCAGACUUUGGUUCCACUAUGCCUCGGUGUGGUUGGCAUCAUCGCAACGGGACUUUGGGAGUUCCUAGGAACUAGCCAUCCUUUCAUCAGACUUUCCAUCCUCACGGAUCGAUCUUCCUUGGCUGUGUAUGCUGCUGCUAUUGUCCAAGGCACUAUAAUGUACGGGUGCCUGUACUAUGUCUCUCUGUGGCUAGAAGCUAUUAAAUUCGAGUCCGGCGUCAUGACUGGAGUCGGCCUUUUGCCCAUUUCCAUUGCCCUCAUGCCUACAAGUAUAGUGAUCGCCUUCGUCAUCUCUAAAACUGGUCGGUAUCGCUGGGCCCUCUGGUUCGGAUGGGUGACUACCAUCGCAGCCACUGGCGUAACCAUCAUCCUACACAAACACACCAGCACAGUCUCCUGGAUCUUCAUCUUCGCCUUUGUAGGCUUUGGUCACGGAGUGUUGUUCAACGCGCUGUUGGUCGCCGCACAGGCUUGUGCACCAGCCAAGGAUGUGGCAUACGCCGCUUCAAUGUACACUUUUUUCCGAACGCUGGGUUUUGCUAUCGGUGUUAUCAUUGGCUCGACAGUGCUCCAGAAUUUUAUGGCUACAAAACUGAGCGAAUUGGGUCUUCCUACUGCCAUCGCCCACAAUGCGGAAGGUUAUAUCAGCACACUUAAAACCCUGUCCCCUGGUUCUGCUUUACGCGAAGGUGUUUUGGACGCCUAUGUGUAUGGCUUGGACUCCAUCUUUGAGGUCAUGACGGGCAUUGGGGCUCUUGGCCUUUUGGCCACACCGCUUGUUGCUGGUCGUACGAUGAAUAAAGCUUUGGAGACCGAUCAUAUUUUGCAUGAGUCGAAGGGUGACAUGAACUAA